AUGACAGAAGAGACAACAAGAAAGGUUGCCGUGGUUACAGGAGCCUCAUCAGGCAUUGGCUACGCCAUAACAAGCGAGCUCGCCAGGAACGGUUAUAAAGUGUACGCCUGUGCCAGAAGAACCGGUCCUAUGGAGACCCUCGCCAAGGAAUUCGAAUCAGGGGUCAUCGUUCCGUACUGCUUGGAUGUGACCAAAGAAGCCGAGAUUCUCGAGCUGAAGCGCACUUUGGCCUCAGAGUUGCCCUACCGCAAGCUAGACCUUUUGUACAACAAUGCAGGUCAGAGUUGUACGUUCCCGGCGCUCGACGUGACCAACGACAUGAUCGAGCAAUGUUUCAAAGUGAACGUCUUCGGUCACGCCAACAUGUGCCGUGAGCUGGCCCAGUUCGUGAUCAACGCCAAGGGCACCAUAGUGUUCACCGGCUCCAUCGCGGGCAUCGGCGUGUUCCCCUUCUCCAGCAUCUAUGCGGCUUCCAAAGCCGCCAUUCACCAAUACGCUCGCGAUCUGCACCUGGAGCUCAAACCGCUCGGCGUCAGAGUGAUCAACGCCGUCACCGGCGGCGUCAGCACCGACAUCGCCGACAAGAGGCCCUUGCCUGCCACCUCCAUCUACAACUUCAAAGAGGGAAUCGAAGUCUUCCAAAACAGGCAACUCAUGGCCAAAAAGAACUCCCCCAUGUCCGCUGAAACUUACGCAGCAAAAAUGGUCCAAGACAUCCUCAGCGACAGAGAUCCCGUCGACGUCUACAGAGGCUCCUUCGCCUCGACAAUGUCGUGGGUCAUCCUGCUCGUUCCAUACUGGAUUCUAGAAUUCUUCGUGUCCAAGAAAUUCAAGCUAGACAAGGUGUAUAACAUAUUGAAACAGAGGAAAGAAUGA